CCUGAAAUCUCAAGUUGUUACUCAUAUGCUUCAACCACCAAACUAUCCCUUUGGGAACAUAUAGGAUAGCUUUUGAUUAAUAUGGCUUUAAUUAUAGUGCAUAGGUAUUUACCUCUUUAAUUAUUUGAUACCAAGUUAAAAGGUGCUAUAUCAUCUCUACAUUUCAGUCUUUAUCUUGCUUGAGCAGAUGGGAAUGGGAAGUGCAUUGGGCACUUUAUGUGGGCAAUCAUAUGGCGCAAAGCAGUAUCAUAUGCUUGGUAUCCAUAUGCAACGGGCAAUGCUUGUUCUUCUACUAGCCAGUGUUCCAUUUGCCUGUAUUUGGGCUAAUGCAGGGUAUACUCUUGUAUUUUUGGGACAAGAUCCAGAAAUAGCAGCUGAAGCAGGAAGUUACGCGCGCUAUAUGAUUCCAUCUAUCUUCGCCUAUGCGCUUCUCCAGUGUCAUAUUAGAUUUCUACAAGCCCAAAACAAUGUGCUACCCAUGAUGUUCAGUGCCGGAAUCACUACUUUACUGCAUUUACUCAGUUGUUGGAUUCUGAUAUUUAAAUCUGGCCUAGGCAACAAAGGUGCUGCUUUGGCUAACGCUAUAUCCUACUAGAUUAAUUUUUUGUUGCUAGCUUUAUAUGUCAGAAUAUCGCCUUCUUGUAAAAGCACUUGUACUGGAUUUUCAAAAGAAGCAUUUCAAGAUACUUGGAAAUAUCUAAGACUUGCGAUUCCUUCAGCUGCUAUGCUUUGGUAGUGUUCUUAAUCUUAUGUAAAUCAUAUAUUCGUCCUUUCAAAAUGAUCAAAUGAAUCAAACCAUGUUGCUUCUCUUUGACACAACUUAGAGAUUUGGUCGUUUGAAAUGAUGGUUCUGUUGGCUGGACUUCUUCCAAAUCCAAAGCUAGAGACAUCAGUUCUUUCUAUCAGGUUGGACUACCUAAGCUCAGACAUGCUAAUAUCAAGCUGAACAUCUUGUUUCAUCAAAAAGUUGCUACUUCUUAAAUAUUUCAGCCUUAAUACAUGCGCGAUGGUGUAUAUGAUACCUCUAGGACUAAGUGGUGCUACGAGGUGAAUUUUUCUAACACUU